AUGAAAUUAAUAAUCCUCCUCAUAGUAUUGAUAGGUGCUUUGGCAUCUCAAGAAUGUAGCAAAUCUGAUGAGUGUUCACAUGUGAAGUGCCGGCAUUUCUAUGGAGACUUUUGGGAAGUAGAAUGUGAUGAAGAAGAUGAAGCCCCUCCUGUAGACUCGUGCUGUGUUGUAAAUUCUACAUAUGUACCCACUGUAAAUCGAACAUCUUUAAAUGUAUCAGGGCCUGGAAAUUGUUCCUGCUCUUGUUCUUGCGAGUGCUUUUCGUGUCGCUGUGACUGUCUCUGUGUUAAUUCCACUGGCGUAGUUACUCCUCCUAAUGGAACUAAUGGAACUGGCUCAAAUGGAACUGGCUCAAAUGGCACUGGCUCAAAUGGAACUGGCUCAAAUGGCACCGGGUCAAAUGGAACUGGAUCUAAUGGAACAGGGUCUAAUGGAACUGGCUCAAAUGGAACUGGAUCUAAUGGAACUGGCUCAAACGGAACUGGGUCUAAUGGAACUGGCUCAAAUGGAACUGGCUCAAAUGGAACAGGAUCUAAUGGAACUGGCUCAAACGGAACUGGAUCUAAUGGAACGGGCUCAAAUGGAACUGGAUCUAAUGGAACAGGUUCUAAUGGAACUGGCUCAAACGGAACUGGAUCUAAUGGAACUGGCUCAAACGGAACUGGAUCUAAUGGGACCGGAUCGAAUGGGACAGGGAACGGAUCUAAUGUAACAAAUACUACUACACAGCCUCCGCCACGUCCAAAUCAAACUAAUACCACAAACACAACAUGUGGAAAUAAAUCAAAAUGUCAUCACCAUAGAAGACCAAGAGUAUGUGAUUGGGAUUGCGAUUGGGAGGAUGAAUAUGACGAUGAUUGUGGAGGAUGGAUUGUUGAAGGGGUAGAUAGAGACAUUGAAGAUAUCGAAUAUGAUCUCCCCUAG